CAGGUCUGACAAGGUUGACUUCAUGGCAAGGCACAUGAAACAGUCAGGUAUUUGAUGAUUGCAACAGCAUCACUAUGCCAAGGAACUCUUGGAAGCCAUGAAAACAGCAGCCUUUGCUGUGGGACUUGCUGCAGUUGCAGUUUUCUUUGGCGUAGAACCUCCAAGUGCUGUGAAAUGGAGGUCUCAAAGCUUACUGAAUGUGAUUUGGCGGAGUCUUGGAGUUGAUAUACGCUUGAAGCGAGAGUAUCAGCAUGACUUCCCCAGUUAUGGCGUCUACAACUUUUCGUCCAAGAGUUGGCCAAGCAUCGCUCGGGUACCAUUAUCAUCACUGAGCUCCCAGGAGUUCAAGGACAAAUAUGUGAAAGGACGUGUUCCAGUGAUUUUGACGGAUAUUGAACCUCAAGAAGCUUGGGGUUUGAAACGUCUACAAGGUGAAUGCGGAGAUAUGCCAGUCACUUUUGACCGUCGCUAUUCCGCAGGGUUGAGGGCAAUUCCAAAGUGGAUUCGAAAAUUGUUCUUGGAUCCUCGAUUGCGAGAAGCUUACAAUACAACAACGGAUAGCGUUCUUGCAGCCAUGCAUAGAAAGAUGAGGUUGUCAGACUUUUUGAGCUUUCUCAAGAAAGACCAAGAUUUGAUCUCCACAGCCAAACAAUUUCUCUCAGAGAACGGCAAAGGAUCUCCACUGUAUUCUGGACAUAUUGUAGACUACUUGUUUCCAGUGAUGCUCAGUGCGCAGCAUAUGGAGCGGGCUCACUGCAAGACUUUAAUUGCUGAAGCCAAAGCAGUGCUUCACAGAUUGACCGACUUUGCUGCUGCCGGCCGUGAUGAUGCUCCGGAGUUCUCAGCUAUGGACUCUGUCUUGUUUGUUGCGCCUGCUGGUUCCAGAGCUAUUCCACUGCAUCAGCAUGGACCAUACAACGACAACUUGCUUUGGAUGCUCCACGGCACAAAGAGGAUUGUAGCAGUUUCGCCUUCAUCCACUGAAUGGCUCUAUGAAAGGCCGGAAUUUGGAGGCAGUGAGUAUGCAGACCGAGUUUUCUCCGCUGAUGUCCUGGAGCCAGAUGCAGGUGUACAGCCUGACGUCGCUCAUGUUCGCGCCAUGGAGGGGCAUGUUUCGGCCGGUGAGCUGAUCUACCUCCCAGUCAAUGUCCCACAUGCUGUCCAAACCACAGAGGGUGAUGCAAGCGUGAUGCUUGCAUGGCAGAUGCCAGUUCCCGGAAUUGCUCGAAUGUUCUUCAUGAAGUCCUGUUCCUAUUUGGAGGAGUUGGCGGACUUUCCUCCAUGGGCCAAGAAGUGCACAAUCUUGCACACAUUAAUGCAAGAUAACCCAUAGGCAGCGGACUAAAAAGGACGCAUCCAUUGCCAAUUUAGUGCGCGCGGCAACGAUUUGCCUAAGCUGCUUGGCCGGCAUUUGGCCCAACCUCAGACAUAGAGGCAG